UGCUUCUUUCGUUCUCAUAUAUCCUCCACAUUACAAAACAGUGAAGAGAGAGAGGCUCUCAAACAAUGGAAGUUUCAAGCACAAGAACCGAUACGAUGAAGAAGAAGAAAAACAAGAAGCUACCCAAUGUUUGGUUUUCACUAAAGAAAUCUCUCCACUGCAAAUCUGAUCCCUCUGAAGUCCACGACCCGAGUUCCACAAGAAAAGAGAGUGCUAAUGCUACCACAUCCACCAAGAGAUCAACUUACCGAUCCGGUUGCUCAAGAUCCAUAGCAAAUCUCAAAGACGUAAUCCACGGAAGCAACCGACAUUUAGAAAAACCGACACCUUGCUCUAGCCCACGUUCCAUCGGAAGCAGCGAGUUCCUCAACCCCAUCACUCACGAGGUCAUCAUCAGCAACUCCACCUCCGAGCUCAAGAUCACCGCCUCCGGUGACGUAGACUCCCCCACCGGAGCAAGAGAGUUCGUGGGGACUCUCAGACCAGGGACGCCGGUGCAUUACUCAUCUUCUAACAGGAGCCAAGCGUCGAGAAAGGCUUCCUCGGAGAGAGACAGGGGAGGAGAAGCAGCGUUUAAACAGAGCAGGAGAGACUCAGUCAUCAACGCAGACGAUUCCUCUGUUUCUUGUCAUAAAUGCGGUGAAAAGUUUAGUAAACUCGAAGCUGCAGAAACUCAUCAUCUCACCAAACACGCCGUGACAGAGCUCGUGGAAGGAGAUUCGUCGAGAAAGAUAGUGGAGAUGAUAUGCAAAACAAGCUGUUUAAAAACAGAUAACCAAUGCGGGAGAAUCGACCGUAUCUUAAAAGUACACAACAUGCAAAAGACUCUUGCAAGAUUCGAGGAGUACAGAGACUCUGUCAAGAACAGAGCAAGCAAGCUACAGAAGAAGCACCCGAGAUGUAUCGCCGACGGGAACGAGCUGCUCAGGUUCCACGGAACCACCGUCUCGUGCGUUCUUGGGGUAAACGGGUGCACGAGUCUUUGCUCGUCUGAAAAGUGUUGUGUUUGUCGGAUAAUAAGAAACGGGUUCUCGGUGAAACGGGAGAUGAAUAACGGAAUCGGGGUUUUCACGGCGUCGACGAGUGGGAGAGCGUUUGAGUCGAUAGAGAUGGACGGUGGUGGUGGUGAUGGGACGAGGGAGAGGAAGGCGUUGAUUGUGUGUAGGGUGAUCGCAGGGAGGGUUCAUAGGCCGGUGGAGAAUGUGGAGGAGAUGGGUGGUGGGUUGAAUGGGUUUGAUUCUUUGGCGGGUAAAGUUGGUUUGUAUACUAAUGUUGAAGAGCUUUAUUUGCUUAACUCUCGAGCUUUGCUUCCUUGUUUUGUGGUUAUCUGCAAGACCUGAAUCAACAUUUUUAUUGGUUAAAUUGUGUGGUAUCAAUAUAUUUUGAAGAACCUAAAGUUUGGAUAUUGAUGUCACACUCUCAAAAGUGCUUAGCUG